CAACGCCCCUCCCAAUUCCCGAGAUCUUUCCAGCCAACAUGUUGCACUUUCUAGGUUGCUCCCUCCCACCUGAAGUGGCUCAAUGUCCGCAUCACUACUGUCCCCAACCUUCUGAUACCCAACCGUCCCCCUCUUCGCCGACCACCCGCAAUCAAUCAAUAUAUGCUGGCCUGGUUAUGGUCGAAACAAAGUGCAUAGAAGUCGACAAUGCCCAGUCGUCAAACAUAGAUGCUAACAAACUCAAUAAUGAGCAAUGGCAGGCCUUAAUCGCCCUGCACCGAAUACUUCUUCACGAGCAUUAUGACUUCUUCCUUGCCAGCCAGCAUCCUUCAGCUAGUGUGCCACUACGUGGCCUUGCUUCAAAAUAUGCCAUGCCCGCUCGGAUGUGGCGACAUGGCAUCCAUUCCUUUCUUGAACUCCUCCGGCAUUGAUUGCCGGCAUCCCUCGAACAUAUGCUUACCUUCUUAUAUCUUGCAUAUAGUAUGAUGGCAUUACUCUAUGAGACAGUGCCAGUAUUCGAUGAUACUUGGAUUGAAUGUUUGGGAGACCAUGGCCGCUAUCGCCAGACGUACCAGGGGAGGUACAAUCAAGUGUAAUUAUACGUGUGCAACUACAAUGUACAUCACGAUGCGCAAACAUAGACGCAUUAUUCCCUGUCCACGAAGUCUUUCUCAU